AACCGCCAGGAGAAGAUCUUAUUACCUAACGUUGUUCUCGUCCCUCCCGACUCACCUUCCAAUGUUUUAUCUUUUCUUCUCCGAGGCGCUCCCCCUUCCUAUUUAGAAUCGCUUGUUGGAUUUUCUCUUCCUGGUCAGCUGGUAGUUGGUGAUCUGUGUCUCGAGGGAGAAGAAGGGUGAUGAGGAGUAGGGCGUGGGUUUCUUGUUUGGCUGUGUUUUGUCUGCUGGCUUUGACAACUGGAGCAAGAGAAUUCGAGAGGAGCAGGAGAACAGAGAGGAUCUCAGGUAGUGCUGGUGACGUUCUUGAAGAUGACCCUGUUGGAAGAUUGAAGGUGUUUGUAUAUGAGCUUCCCAGCAAAUACAAUAAGAAGAUACUGCAGAAGGAUCCAAGAUGCCUCACCCACAUGUUUGCUGCCGAGAUUUUCAUGCACCGUUUCUUGAUGUCCAGUCCAGUCCGCACUCUAAACCCGGAGGAGGCGGAUUGGUUCUACACACCUGUUUAUACUACCUGUGAUCUAACACCAAAUGGUCUCCCCUUGCCUUUCAAGUCGCCACGAAUGAUGAGAAGUGCAAUACAAUUGAUCUCAUCCAAUUGGCCCUACUGGAAUAGAACUGAAGGCGCCGACCAUUUCUUCAUUGUUCCUCAUGACUUUGGAGCAUGCUUCCACUAUCAGGAAGAGAAAGCCAUUGAAAGAGGAAUUCUUCCUUUGCUUCAGCGUGCAACAUUGGUUCAAACUUUUGGGCAGAGGAAUCAUGUUUGCUUGAAGGAGAAUUCUAUCACCAUCCCUCCUUAUGCUCCACCGCAGAAGAUGCAAGCCCACUUGAUUCCUCCGGACAUUCCACGCUCAAUCUUUGUGUAUUUCAGAGGUUUGUUUUAUGACGUCGGGAAUGAUCCGGAGGGCGGUUAUUAUGCGAGGGGCGCGAGAGCAUCAGUUUGGGAGAACUUCAAGGAUAAUCCCCUUUUUGAUAUCUCAACGGAGCAUCCAACCACCUACUACGAAGACAUGCAGCGUGCCAUCUUCUGCCUCUGCCCAUUAGGCUGGGCGCCAUGGAGUCCGAGGUUGGUCGAAGCCGUCAUCUUUGGCUGCAUUCCAGUCAUCAUUGCAGACGACAUUGUGCUACCGUUCGCCGAUGCCAUCCCGUGGGAAGACAUUGGCGUGUUCGUCGCCGAGAAGGAUGUUCCAAGCCUAGACACUAUCCUUACAUCCAUUCCUGCGGAGGAUAUAUUGAGAAAGCAGAGGCUGCUUGCCAACCCUUCGAUGAAGCAGGCCAUGUUGUUCCCUCAGCCUGCUCAAGCUGGUGAUGCCUUUCAUCAGGUAUUGAAUGGGCUUGCUCGCAAGCUCCCGCAUGAUGAGAGUAUUUAUUUGAAAAUUGGGGAUUUGAGGCUGAACUGGACUGCGGGUCCGGUGGGGGACUUGAAACCUUGGUAGGGAGAGUCAUGGCUGUUGCUCUGGUGGAAUGUGUUUUUAUUAUUAUUAUUUUUCAUUGAGUCUGGUACUUGAUGAAACUUUGUGUAGGUUCCUGAGAAGUUUGAACUGAAAAUUUACAAUUAUUAUAUAGUUUUGCUUUUUGUUAA